ACACGGCGUCGCGCAUGCGCCGGGGCGGGGCGGGGCGUCUUCCCUAUAAAAGGGGCGCCGAGGGCUGGGAGGCAGCAGUUGGAAGUUGGCAGGUGGAGCGGCAGGUUGGGAAGGGAAGCCGGGGAGGAGGCGGAAGAGGCGCCGGCGGCGAGGGGAGGAGGGAGGGAGGCAGGAGGAGGCGGAGGAGCGCGGAGCUGAGCAGAGCAUCGAGCCAGAGGGGAGAUGAGUUUGUCUAUCCUCGGCUGAGGCUCCGGCCGGGCCUAGGGAACUGGGAGCUCGGGCUGGAGCGACACCCGUGGAAGUGGGAGGCGGCGGCUUUGGGACUUUAACCCCUUGUGGGCUCUGCGGUAGGGGAUUUAACCCUUUGUGGGCUUGGCCCCUCGUAGGCAGCGUCAUCGGGUAGUUUUAACCCCUUCGGGGCUGGGUUUAACCCCUUGGACUGAACCACCGCACCUCCUUGCCCACCUGCUCCUCGGACGCGGGGGCGCUCUGCAGGGAGACCCGAGGCCCACUUCCUUCGCCUCUUCCUACCGCUCCUGCUGCUGCACCCGGGGGACCCGCUAGCUGGCCGUGCCGUGGGUGCUUUAACCCUUUAGUGACUUGCGCUCCAAGUUGCCGCCGGAGUUUGCGGACGGGACUGGCUGGCUGAGAGGGCGUCGCUGCAGGAAUCACAGACCGGAGAAGGACACUGCUGGGGGCAAUUUGUACAAGAAAAGAAAUCCUUUUUAUCCCCGCUUAAGGACUUGCAGCCAAAAUUUCUCAAACUUCGGGACAAGGAAUUCCGUGAGCCAUGGCCGAGCCGCUCCUUCCAGAACAUCAGCCCCAGCCUCAGGCUAGCAACUGCACAGGUGCUGCCGUGCCCGCCGAGCCGAAGGCCGAGCGCCCCCCCGGCGCGGAGGAGCGGGCGCCCGACGAGGACAGUAGGUGGCAAUCGAGAGCGGCCCCCCAGCCCGGCGGUCCCCCGGGGCCGGAAGGCGAGGGGAGCAAAGGGCCCGCGAUGCUGCCCCUGCAGGGCCAGCCGUGCCUGGAAGCGGGCGAGAGGAGCCAGAACGGGGAGCGCGGCCCCUCUCCGGCCGCGGCGGUUGGGGAGCCGAGCCCCGAGGCGCAGCCCCCGGCCCCGCCGUGCCAGGACUCCGACGCCAGCAAGCUGGGGGCGCCCGCCGCGGGGGGCGAGGCGUGGGGCCAGCAGCUGAGACAGCUGGGCAAGAAGAAACACCGGAGACGCCCCUCCAAGAAGAAGCGGCACUGGAAGCCCUACUACAAGCUGACCUGGGAGGAGAAGAAAAAGUUCGACGAGAAGCAGAGCCUGCGAGCCUCGAGGAUGCGAGCCGAGAUGUUCGCCAAGGGCCAGCCGGUCGCGCCCUACAACACCACGCAGUUCCUCAUGGAUGACCACGACCAGGAGGAGCCCGACCUCAAGACCGGCCUUUACCCGAAGCGGGCCGCCGCCAAGUCCGACGACACCAGCGACGAGGACUUCAUGGAGGAGGCGGGUGAGGAGGACGGGGGCAGCGACGGGAUGGGGGGCGACGGCAGCGAGUUCUUGCAGCGGGACUUCUCGGAGACGUACGAGCGGUACCACGCGGAGAGCCUGCAGAACAUGAGCAAGCAGGAGCUCAUCAAGGAGUACCUGGAGCUGGAGAAGUGCCUCUCGCGCAUGGAGGACGAGAACAACCGGCUGCGGCUGGAGAGCAAGCGGCCGGGCGAGGACGCGCGCGUGCGGGAGCUGGAGCUGGAGCUGGAGCGGCUGCGCGCCGAGAACCUCCAGCUGCUCGCCGAGAACCAGCUGCACCGGCAGCAGGAGCGGGCGCCGCUGUCCAAGUUCGGAGACUAGAGGAAAACUUUGGGGGGCGGGGGCAAAGGGGACUUUUUACAGUGAUGGAAUGUAACAUUAUAUACUUGUGUAUAUAAGACAGUGAACCUUUUUAUGACAUAAUCAGAAGAGAAAAAUCCCCCCCACGGCUUCGGUUGGUUUGGCAAAUUUAACUAUGAUGUAGCUUGCGUGCUUUCUCCUGUUCUUUUAAUUAUGUGAAACUGAAGGGUUGCUUAUCUUGUUUUCCUUUUUUUUUUUAGGGUUUUUUUUUAAUGUGUAAGUAAUUUGACCAAGUUAUAAUGCAAAUUUUGUUUUAAAAACAAACCCUCCUUAAAUGGAGCUAUGAGGUGGCCAAAAUCUGAAAAACAUUAAAUCCAUUCUAGUUAUAAUAAAUUUAAUAUUUGUAAAUGUAACCUAGUUUCAGUGUGAUUUCUAGAGCUAAAAUAGUACUGAUUUAUGUGAUUGCACUGGAGGUGUAAACUUGUAUUUGUUGGUCUGCAAAAUAAUGGGAGCAUUUUUAAUUUGCCAGUUUUUCCUUUGAUUUCAGUAUGCUACAAUAUACGCUUUAGGCAAAAUCUAAAGAUUUGGGCUGGAGCGGUACUACAUGGGGUCGGGCACUUACUUGUCUGGUACGUGGCCCACCCAACUACCAUCCCUGGCAUCCCAUAUGGUCCUGAGUCCCUACAGGAGUGAUCCCUGAGUCCAGAGCCAGGAGUAAGCCCUGAUCAUAGGUGUGGUCCCAAAAGAAAACAAAAAUAUAUAAAGGUGUGAUGAUCUUUAAUAUUUAGUUGUGUGCCUUGUCUUUCUUGAUGCUGGAGAAAUAAACCAGAGUUGGGUGGUUUGGGGAGUAGACUGCUAAAAUCACUGGAUUAAACAUUGUGCUUCUCAAUGGCUAUUCAGAAGUAUCAAUAUAAAAAAAAAAGUGUUUGGCAGUUCAUUUCUUCAUUCCUGUAAGUUGGGUUUUAAUAGUUUCCCCAAUAAGGGUAUUCUGGGUGCCUUGAAGAGCGUUUUGGUUUCUUGGGGGGUACAAUGAAUAAAAUAUUAGGAUGGCCUGGA